UUUUUUGCAACAUUUGACUUUAAUUGCAUUGUCUUUUUAUACUAUUUUUUGUGUCGAGUGUAGAGGGCAGUCUCCCCCAGAUAAAACAAUUCUAGACUUUUCACUUGUACAUUCGCAGCUAUAAUGUCCAAGCGCCAGAACACCUCCAAUGCCUUUGCCGGUGCGACUGAAGAGCGGUCCAAAGUCGCCGCUGUUCACACCAAUGGCGAAUCAAACCAGCCAAAGCGCACGCUUGACAAGAGCCGUGACAUGGACGUCGACGGCGAUGCCGACAUGGGCGAGUUUGAGGAUGCCUAUGAGGACGAGAUCGAGGAGGAGGACAUUGUCGAGCGUGAGGAGGACUCUGACGGUAUCGAAAUGAUGGACGAGGAGGAGGAAGAGGAGGAGGAUGACGAGGAGGUUGCCGAGAAGAAGCGCCAAGUGUACCUUCCCGGAGACUUGCUUGGUGAGGGUGAGACGCUGCAGGUCGAUAACUCUGCUUACCACAUGCUGCACCCCAUGUCGACAAACUGGCCGUGCUUGUCAUUUGACUUUGUGCCGGAUAACAUGGGCAACGGGCGCACGAUGUUCCCACACACCAUGUAUGCAUUCGCCGGAACGCAGGCCGAUAGCCCCAGUCGGAACCAGGUUAUACUGAUGAAGAUGAGCCAGCUCCAUCGCACUAUCAACGACGAUCUGGAUGCUGAGGACAAAAACGAUGAGGACGUCAACGAUCUCGACGAGGAUCCGAUCCUUGAGACAAGAACUAUCAGAAACUACGGCGGAGUCAAUCGUGUCCGCGUUCUACAGUCAUACCAGUCGCCCCUGGCUGCCACGUGGAUUGAUAACGGUAGCGUGCGGAUUUGGGAUACCAAGCGUCUUAUGGAUGCGCUUGAGACCCCCGGUACGCAGGUUCCCGCGUCCGCGACUCAGCCCUUGUUCACCAUUGCCUCGCACAACAAUGUUGAGGGCUAUGCGAUGGACUGGAGCACCGACGGUCGUUUGCUGACUGGUGAUUGUGACAAGAAGAUUUUCCUGACUAUCCGUCGCAACGACACCGGCGCCAGCUUUGUUCCCGGCACCAAGCCGUUCAGGGGCCACGAGAGCUCGGUUGAGGACCUCCAGUGGAGUCCCGAGGAAUCGUCCGUGUUUGCAUCGUGCUCGGCUGAUAAGUCAAUCAAGAUCUGGGACGUGAGGGCAAAGAACCACGGCUACGCGCUCGAUGUGCCUAACGCCCACGAUUCGGACGUCAAUGUGAUCAGCUGGAACCGCAAAUCCCGCUACCUGCUGGCCAGUGGUGCUGACAACGGUGACUUUAAGGUUUGGGAUAUGCGCAAGUGGACUGACGCCAGCGGCCGGUCCACCCCCGCUGCUCAAUUCAACUGGCACAAGGGCGCGAUCACAUCGAUCGAGUGGUGCCCGACUGAUGAGUCAGUUCUUGCUGUUGCGGGCAGUGAUGAUCAGUUGACACUUUGGGAUCUUGCUGUUGAGCUCGAUGCUGAGGAGGAGGCCCGGCACCGCGAUGCGAUGGUUGGCCCCGAUGGCACCAAGCGCGAGGUUCCUGCCCAACUUUUGUUUGUCCACCAGGGCCAGAGCCAGAUCAAGGAGCUGCACUGGCAUCCUCAGAUUCCGGGAGUGAUUGGUUCUACGUCGUCAACGGGCUUCAACUUUUUCAAGACCAUUUCGGUCUAAAAACUUUUUAUAUUUUUGGGUCUUCAUGUUUUUUAUUAUUAGAAAA